AUUCGCUUGUACAAGAGCGCGGCAUCAAGUGAUUCAGCCAGUCCGAUAAAAUGUGUAGCUAAAGGCAACAUUUACCUUCCUUCAUUUUACCUAGAACGUAUAGUGUUUGUAGCAGCUAUCCAGAACCUUGCCAUCGUCAUGUCUUUCGGUGACGAUGACUCCUGUACCGAGUUGGUUGAGAGAGACGACUUCACGGAGGAGGAACUCUCCAUACCGCCCGUCAAGUACGAAUAUCUUGAUCACACCGCUGAUGUUCAGCUUCAUGGAUGGGGUGAUGACCUGACAGAAGCCUUUGAACAGGUAGCUGUUGCAAUGUUUGCCUACAUGACAGAAAUUGACAAGGUUGACAUUCAUGCCACAUCUGACAUAAAGGCAGAAGCUGAAGACAUGGUUGGCCUGCUGUACCACUUUUUAGAUGAGCUGCUUUUUGUCUUCAGUGCGGAGCCAUUCUUGAUUGGAAGAAAAGUCAAGAUUCUUGAGUUUGACAAGGAAGCUUUUAGGAUAAAGGCCAGAGUAUAUGGUGAAGUGUUUGACCUUGGAAAGCACCCCCAGGGCACUGAAGUAAAGGCAAUCACAUACUCCAACAUGCAAGUCUGGGACAACCCAAACCAGCACGAAGUCUUUGUAAUUAUUGACAUAUAAAUAAGUUAUGCUGUUUUUA